GGUCCCACCUCUCCUCCCGGAGCAGCGGCGCCGGAGCAGGCGCGGUGCAUUGUGGACAGAGGGGCGGGGGUUGGGAAGAUGGCGGCUCCCAGCCUCCUCAACUGGAGGCGGGUUUCCUCCUUCACGGGGCCGGUCCCCCGCGCCCGGCACGGACACCGAGCGGUGGCCAUCCGGGAGCUGAUGAUCAUCUUUGGAGGGGGCAACGAGGGCAUCGCCGACGAGCUGCACGUCUACAACACGGUUACAAAUCAGUGGUUCCUGCCAGCUGUUAGAGGAGACAUCCCUCCAGGCUGUGCUGCCCAUGGAUUUGUCUGUGAUGGUACCAGAAUAUUAGUAUUUGGGGGAAUGGUUGAAUACGGAAGAUACAGCAAUGAGUUAUAUGAGUUACAAGCAAGUCGUUGGUUAUGGAAAAAAGUGAAACCGUAUCCCCCGUCUUCUGGUUUACCUCCUUGUCCUCGGCUGGGACAUAGCUUCUCUUUAUAUGGUAACAAAUGCUAUUUGUUUGGUGGCCUGGCAAAUGAAAGUGAAGAUUCAAACAAUAAUGUUCCCAGAUAUUUAAAUGAUUUCUAUGAGUUGGAGCUACAGCAUGGUUCUGGUGUUGUGGGUUGGAGCAUUCCAGUGACUAAAGGGAUUGUGCCUUCUCCAAGAGAAUCCCACACAGCUGUUAUAUAUUGCAGAAGAGAUUCUGGAAGUCCUAAAAUGUAUGUUUUUGGUGGAAUGUGUGGUGCUCGCCUUGAUGACCUAUGGCAACUUGACUUAGAAACUAUGUCAUGGUCAAAACCAGAAACUAAAGGGACAGUGCCACUUCCACGAAGCCUUCAUACAGCCAGUGUUAUAGGAAAUAAGAUGUACAUCUUUGGUGGAUGGGUUCCACAUAAGGGGGAAAAUAUUGAGACUUCACCUCAUGAUUGUGAAUGGAGAUGUACCAGUUCAUUUUCUUACUUAAAUCUUGAUACAGCAGAAUGGACCACCCUAGUAUCAGAUUCUCAAGAAGACAAAAAAAAUUCAAGACCAAGACCAAGAGCUGGACACUGUGCUGUUGCAAUUGGCACUCGAUUGUAUUUUUGGAGUGGAAGAGAUGGCUACAAAAAAGCACUGAAUAGUCAAGUUUGCUGCAAGGAUCUUUGGUAUCUUGAUACUGAGAAACCACCGGCACCAUCACAAGUACAACUGAUCAAAGCCACUACCAACUCUUUUCAUGUCAAAUGGGAUGAAGUGCCUACAGUUGAAGGCUAUCUUUUGCAGUUGAAUACAGACUUGCCGUACCAAGCUGUGUCAUCAGAUUCUUCAGCAACACCAAAUAUGCAAGGAGUCAGGAUGGACCCACACAGACAAGGCAGUAAUAGCAUCAUUCCUAACAGUAUCAGUGAUACAAUGAACAGUGCAAAAUCUGAACAUACAGCUAUGAAAGGAACUUCACUGAAAAACAAACCAGAACUCAAAGCAUCAACUGAUUCUAAUGCCACUUUACAUUCAUCUUUGGCAACUAACGCUUCUAAUCAUAACAGUUGUGUGGUGGAUAUGCUAAGGAAAAAUGAAGGUCCUCACACUUCAGCAAAUAUAGGUGUUCUAAGUAGUUGCCUGGACUUAAGAACAGUAAUCCCUGAAACUUCUGUAUCCAGUACUGUUUCCAACGCACAAACUAUGGUAACCCAGCAGACCAUUAAAACUGAAUCAUCCAGUACAAAUGGGGCAGUUGUUAAAGAUGAAACUUCACUAACAACAUUCAGUACCAAAUCUGAAGUUGAUGAAACAUGUGCAUUACCUGCAACUAAGAUCAGCCGUGUAGAGGCACAUGCUGGAGUGAUGCCAUUUUCUAAAGAGACUCCUUCAAAUCCAGUGGCCACAACGAAAGCAGGAGAACGACAGUGGUGUGAUGUAGGAAUUUUUAAAAAUAAUACAGCUUUGGUGAGCCAGUUUUAUUUGCUGCCAAAAGGGAAGCAAAGCAUCUCAAAGAUAGGAAAUGCAGAUGUACCUGACUACAGUUUACUUAAGAAACAAGAUCUUGUUCCAGGCACAGGAUACAGAUUCAGGGUUGCUGCCAUCAAUGGUUGCGGAAUAGGCCCUUUCAGCAAAAUCAGUGAAUUUAAAACUUGUAUUCCCGGUUUUCCUGGAGCUCCUUCUGCAGUCAGAAUUUCAAAGAAUGUUGAGGGUAUCCAUCUUUCCUGGGAACCUCCAACUUCACCUUCUGGAAAUAUUUUGGAAUAUUCAGCCUACUUGGCUAUCCGCACAGCACAAAUACAAGAUAAUCCGAGUCAGCUUGUGUUUAUGAGGAUUUAUUGUGGUCUAAAGACAUCAUGUAUAGUAACUGCUGGGCAACUUGCAAAUGCACAUAUUGAUUAUACAUCCAGGCCUGCCAUUGUGUUCAGGAUAUCAGCAAAGAAUGAAAAGGGAUAUGGACCAGCUACACAAGUUCGAUGGCUUCAAGGUAACAAUAAAAAAGCACCUUUAAAUUGAUUUUUUUUUUUAACUGAAGCUAUUGUGAUGAUUAUUUAUUAGUAACUGGUUUUGGAGAUUUGUCAUUUAAAAGAGUAUUCUCUGACUGUAUUUCUAGCAGUUAUGAAUUUGAGUUUGUAAGUUGUUCUUAAAAUGUAUUUGCUCAAUUCUAGAUCCAAAUAAAAGUAG